AAUAAUAAAAAAACAAUAAUAAAAUGUUAUCAAAUUCAAUUGUAAUUAGCCAGACUACUCUUAAUAUGAUCAUUAGUAUUUAAUAAAACAAUAAGUGCAAGUCAAUAGGGAAACUGGUGAAGAAAAAUCAAUAUUUUAGCUUAAGACAAUCAGCAGCAGAUAAACAAUAAUAACUUAAAUUUCCUCAUAGCUAUGACAUCUUUAAAAAUUCCAGAAAAUAAAAUAACUUUAAGUAGUAUGGAACCAAAUAGUGUUACAAAUGCAGAUGGAACAUCGGCCAUUAAGAGAUAUCGACAUGCCGGAGAUUUAACUGGUGAACCACCAACGAGGGAGUUUUCUGAAGUAUCUAUACCUGUUCCUUGGGGUCAUUUGGCUGGCAAAUGGUAUGGUCCACAAAAUGUACAACCCAUUUUGGGUCUACAUGGUUGGCAAGAUAAUGCGGGUACAUUUGAUUUGCUAGUACCAUUACUACCGCCAGAUGUAGCAUUCCUAUCGGUUGAUUUGCCAGGUCAUGGUUUGUCUUCGCGACUACCAGAUGGUUGCUACUACAAUACCAUAGAUAAUCUAUAUGUGAUACGUGUGAUUAUGAAACAAUACAAAUGGGAAAAGUUGUCACUGAUUGCACAUUCUAUGUCAUCGAUAAUUGGAUUUGUAUUUGCAGCUGUUUUCCCCGAAAAAGUUGACAUGUUCAUUGGUAUAGAUGCCUUAAAACCACAUCAACGUCCCUUUCCUAGUGUUAUACGUACCAUGGAGACACGUAUGGAUGAAUUUCUAAGGGAGGAUGAACGUAAUCGCAAUAAAAGUGAACCACCCAGUUAUACAUACGAUGAACUGAUUGAACGUAUUUAUGUGGGUACAUUCCAUUCGGUUCAGAAAGAUCUUUGUAAACACAUGUUGGCGCGUAAUAUUCAAAAAUCGGAAAAAUAUCCCGAUAAGUAUUUCUUUACCCGUGAUAGACGUUUGAAAUUUUACAAUUAUGCUGUUGGCUCUCAGGAAUUGUGUGUGGAAAUGGCAAAGCGUAUAACAUGUCCUUAUAUGUUUAUUAAAGCCCGCAACUCUUCUUAUUUUGAGGAUAAAAAGUAUUAUGAUGAAGUUUUGGAUGUGCUGAAGACAAAACCAAAUUUUGAAUAUGUAGAAAGUGAUGGAACCCAUCAUUUGCACAUGAACAAUCCGGAAUCUAUUAUUGAUCCAAUUGUUGAUUUUAUAAAUCGUUUUGGUCCGGCAGCUAGAGCAAAGCAGGCUAAAGCCGCCAAAGAGCAGGCUCAGGCGGAUAAGGAAAGUAAAUUGUAGAAAAGCUGAAGAAUUGGAAAAUUCUACUCGGGCAAAAAAAACUUAAUAUUCCAUUAAAACAAAAAUUGUCACAAUUUUGAUAAAUGUAUGUGUGUAUGUAUGUAUUUUACAAUUUUAUUGUUUUUCUAGUUUUAAGAUGUUUUUAAAACAAAGAUUUGUUAUAAUGAAA